CCCUACUAUAAAAUAUACUUUGUGAGUGUUUCAGAGUGCGAAAUGACAGCCGAUUUAGCUGUCUGCACUCUUCGUUCAGUUAAGUGCGUUGUUCAUCCUUUCUAUAUAAUUAUUCUUGAAGUGUAUAAAAUAAAAUUUUGGAACAUGGCUGGUUUGAUUGAAAACAUGUCUGCUGUUAACAAGAAGAAAAUUUUUAACAACGUUUUCAUUGCAAUAUGUAUUAACGACUACAACUUCACAAGUCAGCUACAAUUAUAUGCAGCUGAACAUAACGCACAAAGAUGGUUGGAAGAAUUAGAAAAAGAUGAAGAAAGUCAAUUUGUUAUUUUGUAUUUGUUUCCUCCGCCAAAGAUAAUUUGUAUAGAUGAAAACGAUGGACCACACGGACCACACUAUACCAACCAAAUCAAAUCUCCUCCUCAGACUCUCGACCUACAAGAUGAUACACUAUUUAAUAAAACAUUAACAUGA